GACCUCCUGAAGGACGCGAAGGCGCAGCUGCUUAACUCCAAGGAUCUGCAGAAGGCCAUCCGACUCGCGAAGGAGCUGCAGGAGGCCAAGAGGCUGUACAAGGGCGUGAGGAUCCUGUGCUGGGUCCUCAUGUAUCCGAAGGCGCACGAGACCAAGGCAAAACACGUUAAGGAUACCUGGGGGAGGAGGUGCAACAGGCUCGUCUUCAUGAGCACGGAAGAUGACCCGUCCGUGGGCGCCGUGGACGUCGGGAGCCGCGAAGGUUACGCCAAGCUGUGGAACAAGACCCGAAGCGCCGUCAAAUACAUCUACGAGAACCACCUCCGCGAUUUCGAUUGGUUCCUGAAGGCAGAUAGCGAUACAUAUGUGCUGGUGGACAAUUUACGUUAUGUGUUGCAAGAUUACGAUACCAACGACCCAUUGUACUUUGGUCAACAUUACAAAAUUUAUGGGGGAUACAAUACAGGAGGAGCAGGUCACGUAAUGGGCAGGGAGGCAAUUCGGCGAUUUGUAGAACUGGCGAUUCCAAACCAUACCAUCUGUAAGCCAGAGAGGUCGAAGGGGGAGGAUGUAGGCAUGGGCAACUGUCUACAAAAGGUGGGCAUCAAGAUGGGCGACACCCGAGACCAUCUUGGGCAAGGGAGAUUCUGGCAAAGGCAUCCGGCGACGGUUCUAAGCAGACCACUCGACAGGAGGAGGCAUUCGUACUACCCCAUUUCCCAGGGUGACAGCCCACUCGCCUGCUGCUCGGCCACCCUCAUCAGUUUCCACAAAUUAUCGGUCCAAGAACUCUACAUGUUGGACUAUCUUAUCUACAAGAUCCGGGUCUUUGGGCAUAUCCCUCUCUUGCCCCUCAAGCCAGCCCUGCCACCAGACCUUAGCGUCGUUCCGGAAAAGACGAUUCAGAAAUACAGAGAGUAUGAAGCUCGACUGGUUCAGAUAACCGAAGCACCAACCGAGACAGCAGGGAAUGAAGCACUUUAGUAUUUACUAUGAUUGUAGAGGAAUUUAUGAGGAUUUUUCAUUCUUGUUCUGAUGGUUAUUAUUACGAUCAUGUUUGCUAGUGUUUUCUGUUAUCUGUGUGGGUGUUGAUAUCAUGU